UAAACUUCAGUCAAGGCUUGAGGUUUGUUAGAAACAUGUUUGCAGCAAUCUCACUCUUAGCAAUAACCUUUGCAGUAGUUUCUGCAGCAGGUUCUGCAGAUCAAUGCUGCUUACAAAGGAGAGUAAACAGUGUAGAUGAAAGGGGAGGAGUAUAUUCUCUUGAUGUCAAUCUCACCUUGAUCGCAGAUAUAAGUUCAUCUCCUGUCUGUUCUACAAAUUGUAUUUAUACCAAGGUUGGAAAAUCAGGCCAAAUCUUUUGCUUUGGACACGGGAGUCUCACAUCGGAAUGCAGUAUAACACCUGCAGGCCCAAAAAGACCCGAUUUUACAACAAUUAUGAUUGGAGGAUCUGUAGGCAAAACUAUUGGAUAUCCCUGCAACACAUCAAUUAAGGAUUUUCCAGAACGAAUCUCUGGUCUAAGUAAGUAUACUUGAAUUUAAAGUGAGAAA